AUGGAAACCGCCUCACUAAAUCUGCCGGCAGAGAGAGUCACCACAGCCAAUUGCAAUGGACAGCCGGCGCCGCCGCCCCUCACCCCCUCCUCCAACCCCAGAUCUAACGACGCCGCCACCAAUAACUGCUCCACCACUUUCGUCCAGGCCGACGCCGCCACCUUCAAGCAGGUGGUGCAGAUGCUCACCGCCGCCAGGCCGCCCUCCAGGGUCGCCAGCGGCAUACCGCCGGCCAAGACCGCCGGACAGAAGAGGCAGGGGUUCAGGCUCUACGAGAGGAGGAACAACCUCAAGAACGGCCUCAUGAUCGACACAAUCGGGCCGGGCCCCCACCGCGGCCCGAUGCCCUCGCCGCGCAAGCCCGAGCUCCUGUCGCCGAGCAUGCUAGAUUUUCCGGGGCUGGCCCUGAGUCCGGCGAGCGAGGAUGCGCCGUCUCCCGAGGACAGGGCGAUCGCCGAGAAGAAAUUCUACUUCCAUCCGUCGCCGAGGGCCGUAGCGGCGGGGGAUGCCGAGCCGAAGCUGCUGCCGCUGUUUCCGGUGACCUCGCCGCGAAUUUCGGGGUCGUCGUGA